GAUUGGCUUCAGUGCGUUCGACGAAAAAGAUACGUAUCCGGCAGUUCGCUCUCACUCUUCAGAUACAUUGGACGCGGCUUUCUGUGGUCUGUUUUCUGCUUUCUGGAUUAACGCUAAUUCGUUUUUGAUUAAGGCAGCUGCUUGCUCUUGCCGAUGAAGAAGGAAACCGAACACCAGCUGGGACGUAUCCUCGCCAACUAGCAAACAAGGACGAAACAGGGGCACACGAUCGGAGCGAAGGAUCACAAAGGGCUCGUGCCACGCCAAGCAGGGGGUUGGUGAUAGCGCCUCCUGAAAGGAAUUCCAACUCAUGCGGUCGUGGGUCGAGACAAAGUGAUCCUGGUGCAAGGAGCAGGACGACAGGAGCCGCUUAUCAGCCAUGCACGGAAACCGGGGUGGCUGAGGGUUGAAACUCCGGUCUUAUCUUAAAGCUCGAAGGGUGUCGAAAUCGAGCAGAUGUGCAAACAACACCACAACGCAAAUGACGGAUGACUGACGGAGAGCCACUCGUUUCACCUUGAGGGGAGGCACCAGUUUCCAGCGAUCGACGCGUGCCCGGCACACUCAGAGAUCCCAAAGAAUAAUCCAACUAAGCAACCUUCCACUGAGCACUCGAAUUUAAAAAAUGUCACUAGAAAAUAGCUUGGGAGCUCUAGAUUUCACAUCGACUACUGAGAGUGCGACGAAAGCAGUGCCAGGAAUCGAAAAAAUAACAGCAGAUCCCGAAGCGAUGAUAUCAGCAAACAUAUACAAAUCUGCUGACAAGGAGAACGAACCGGAGCUUACUAAUGCGCCGGGUACCAUCAUGACCACUGGCGCCGUAGCUCAACCAGCCACACCAACGGUAGCGACGGCCACUUCGGCGUCUGCCUCUGCCACCCCCGCUGGCAAGGAUGCCACCGACGGGGGCACCGCAGAGCUUAAGUUCCAGUCGUACGUGAACGGCAACGGCAACGGGGUGUACAAGAUCCUGAAGACGCUGGGCAAGGGCAAUUUCGCCAAGGUAAAGCUGGCGCUGCAUGUACCCACCGGCCGGGAGGUGGCCAUCAAGGUGAUCGAUAAGACGCAGCUAAACACUAGCGCCCGCCAGAAGUUGUACCGCGAAGUCAAGAUUAUGAAGCUGUUGAACCACCCGAACAUCAUUCGCCUCUUCCAGGUGAUCGAGUCGGAGCGUACGCUGUACCUGGUGAUGGAGUACGCCAGUCGGGGUGAGCUCUUCGAUCAUCUGGUGAAGAACGGGCGGAUGCGCGAGCGCGACGCCCGUGUGAUCUUCCGGCAGCUGGUCUCGGCGAUUCAGUACUGCCACAGCAAGUUCGUGGUGCACCGUGACCUUAAGGCGGAGAACCUGCUGCUUGACCAGCAUCUGAAUAUCAAGAUAGCGGACUUUGGCUUUGGCAACACCUUCGAUCCGAACGCGCACAUGGAGACGUUCUGCGGCAGUCCGCCCUAUGCCGCGCCGGAGCUCUUCAUGGGCCGGAAGUACGCCGGGCCGGAGGUGGACGCCUGGUCGCUGGGCGUGGUGCUGUACACAUUGGUCUCCGGAUCCCUGCCCUUCGAUGGAGGCACUCUGAAGGAGCUGCGCGACCGCGUUUUGCGGGGCAAGUAUCGCGUGCCCUACUACAUUUCCAUGGACUGCGAGAACCUGAUGCGCAAGUUCCUGGUCCUGAAUCCCGCCAAGCGCACAUCCCUGUCGGCCGUCAUGUCGGACAAGUGGAUCAACCUGGGCCACGACGAGAGCGACAGACUACGUGUGUAUCGGGAGAAGCCGCUGGACCUGCAGGACCCCAAUCGCUACGACGUGCUGGUAUCCAUGGGCCACAAGCACCGCGACGUGGUCAAGUCGGUGAAGGGGCAGCUCUUUGACGACAUCUACUGCACCUACAUGCUUCUCGACGUGGCUAAGCCGCGCUACUCGCAGCGCCACGCGCGAUCUUCGGGCGAUGUGAGCAGUACUCCACAGACAGGCCUGCCACCGCCGUCGAUCACAACUCCUACUGUGACCAUAGCUCAGGUGACCCUGGCGAUGGACAACAGUCCGCCGCUCACCCAAGCCCAAACUAGUCGUCCAAUAGCGCCUCGCCUGACGAACGGCCUCACCACACCCACGUCAACGCCUCCGGCGGGUCCGCCGGCUAAGCCCACCCGCCGCACACCCGCCCGCAAGGCCACUGGAUUUUCGAGUAGUCAAGGACGACCAGAGCCAACAAGCCAGACCAAGCGGUCAAGUGCCACGGUGGAUGUGAAGCCCACUCUACUGAGUGCCCAGCGACAGCUGGCCCAAACACAGAAGCUUACCAACACUCCACCGCGCUACCAGUAUUCCGGUUCCCAAACCCCGGGCACUGCUCAAGGUAUCUCCAGAAGGCCCACCACGCUGUACGAGAAGGCGGAGCCGGUGCCCGGCUCUCCCCUCCUGGUGCCCAAGUCACCGGCCAUUGGCGGGCGGCUGUUGGAUCGGCUUAAUGGAGCGGCCGGGGCCGAUAGACCCUCCGACAAACCCUUCACCCGACAAAACGCUGUGCGAUCCACCUUCCAUUUUGGCCAGGGUCGCAAUGGCAAGCGAGGAGCGGGCGGUGGGAGCGGAGCUCCGGGAGAGGACGACCACUACCAGACGCCGCCACUGUCUGCUGAUGACACCAAGCCAGCGUCCCGGGUGGGCUUCUUCUCCAAGCUGACGGCCCGCUUUGGCCGCCGAGUGAUCCACCUGAACGAAAAGGAUGCCACCGAGCAGCGCAAGAACCUCACCAAAUAGCCAGGUGUCCGGCGGACAGCCACCAAUAUAAAUAGAGAUAGAUAAGGAGAAACCACCCGUAGACCCUUAAGUGAUAUUGCGGACAACGGAUCUUGUGGAAUAUUUUAAGAAAUUGACUUAAAUCUAGCUUAAUCGUUAAAUGAAAAUAUGUUGCGAGUUGCGAUGGUCGUCUUGAACUGAACUUGUAACUUGACUUUGUCCUUGACUGAACAACAUAAGCCAUCGAAUAAAUGAAUGACGAUCGCAUAGCUCUCUAGUUUUUUAAUAAAAUUUUUAAAUAUAU